UAACCUUCCCUAAAAACCUGGAAAUAUUAUUCAGAGGCUUUUUUUGAAAUAUAGCUGACAGCAUGGAGGAUCCUAGUAACGUUAUCGAUCAGAAAAAACUGCCCGGAGUCAGAGAGGUUUGCCGGGAUUUUGCCGUGUUGGAGGAUCACUGUUUGGCCCACAACCUCCAGGAACAAGAAAUCGAGAGCCAUUUGGCGUCCAACGUUCACAAAAGCAGGCUUGUGCAGCAGGACCUGAGGGUAGCCAAGCGUCUGCAGGAGGAAGAGGACUUAAGAGCCAAAGCACAGAACCAGAGGCAGAAUCAGGACAUAGAACGUACUGACAGCGAAAUAGCUCAAGAGAUACAAGAGCAACUGGUCAGGCUGGCAGAGCAACAGAGAAUACAAGAGGAGAGAGAUGAGGCUAUUGCCCGUAAGCUGCAGGAGCGAGAGAUGAAGGAGGAGAGGAAGAGACAGAAGCAGUUGGAGGCUAACUUUGAGGAUGAGCCCUAUGAAGAAAAAGGAGGACGGAUUCCUCGAGGAGAGUACGGGGUGAGAGAGGCCACGCAAGGCAUGGCUCAGAUGGACAUGCGAGAACAGGAACUCAGAGAUAUGGAGGUGGCACGCAGACUACAGGAGGAAGAAAUGAAGGCGGGUCACGUGGACAGAAGGGCUGCCCAGGUGGCCCAGGAUGAGGAGAUUGCCCGGCGUCUGAUGGAAGAGGAGAAGAGGGAAUAUAAGAGGGCCAAAGAAAAAGAAAGGAUGGCGAUGGAGAGGAAGAGAGCUGAGGUGGAGUGGAAGGACACACAAGAGGAGGUGGUGCGGCCAAGAACGCGAGAGGAGUACGAUCAACAGAAGGCCCGGAACCACAAAGCAGCCAGGCCUCCUCCUCCUCGCGGGCACGACUACGAGAACGUGGAGCCGAGAUACCCUUACUCAGAGAGCCCGUACGCUGCUCGUCCCACGUCCCGACCCGAGGCCGCUUACAAAGGUGCCUACUACAGACAGUGA